UCGGCUCACGGCAACGGAUGAGUCUACGCGGUGCCUCGUCUCGCCCCAUUGAGCAACAUCCAACCAAUUCUUCCCCAUUUCGUGAAUAAUCCGCCAAUUCAGACCCAAAUUUCGCGCACUUCUCUUCAACUUGCAGCCGAUUUCUUUACGUGUGUGUGUUUGUAAUUCAUCUAGUGCCCCAUUUAUCGUUCCAUCGCCAAAAACGAUCGUAUAUAGCCAGCGAUUUUUGAGGUAAAUCUCUCUUUUAUUUUCCGUUUUUUGUGUUGGGUUGUAAUUACCUUCCCUCCUUCCCCCUCCCUGUGUCUCUCACUUACUGGGACUAUCUCUCCCACCUAUCACACCCUUUAAAUAAAUUACACAUCAAUAUAUUGUUAGAUAAAAAGUGAUAAAAUCUCAAGUGAAAUGAAGACAAAAGAACUGUGAACAUGUAACUGUUGUAAAGUGACUGACUGGUUGGUGAGCAGAUUGUCAAGGGGAAGAAUCAGACUGGAUAAAAACUGAGUGCUGAAGACAAUCUGGUUUUCACGUUUAGCCACUGCAGCCAUGGUGAGGGAGUGCGGCGUGGGCGGCAGACUGCGAGACAAGGUCAGCCACCCACCAUACCACCCACACCACCACCCAGGACUCAACACACCAUCCACCACCACUACCCGAUUCAACACCUGUUUUCAUUAGCCGUUGCCUAAACACCUGAGAUCUUACACACACACUGACUGAGGUACUCAAUUUUGUGCGUCUGAUAGUAACUCACUGGUCAUCUGAGUGCGCCUGCGCAUUAACUGCGUCUGAACGGCUCCUGAAACACCUCUCCUGAAGUCUGAGUGCGUCUGAAGUCUUAGAUAUCCAGCGUGUUAUUGAAUGAUCCUGGAUGUGUCAUGUUUCUUGUUCACUUCCUCGAGAACAUUAGUUAUCGCCUCCCAUACUGACUGAACUCACUUCAACGCCAAGUGUAGCCAAACCAGUACUAGCUAAGUGCGUUUAUAGUACUCGAGGAGUGUUCUUGGGAGUGUUUACGAGUACAGUACGUAGUUUAGCAUCACAAUUGAACUUUCAAAAGAGCUGUCAUGUAUUAGGUGUUGGUACACAUGUAAGGGACUGUACCUGCACUCACCCGAUCAACAAUAUAGUGAAAUUACAGUAGAGUGAUGUUGAGUGUCUCGUGACUACUCUGACAACAACACCACCAUGCCCUCAAUAACAGCACCCACGGAGUUCCCGAGCUACUCUCUGUCCGAUCCGGCCGAGACAGAGGAGGAAGAUUCGGACGAAAUUUAUAUAACUCUGUGGAGAAAGUUCAUGGAGCAGUCCGCCUUGAUCAACGCCACCAACGGCGACCACAAGAUGUUGCAGUGCUUCAACAUGUACCUCAACACCACCAUGGACCCUGAGAGUGACCCGGGGGCGUGUCCAGUCAAGUUUGAUGGGGUGUCUUGCUGGCCCGAGACUCCCCCAGACACCACGAGGGCCAUUCCGUGUUUCAACGAUUUCAACGGCGUCCAUUACGAACCUUCAGACUACAACGCGACGCUGUACUGUUACCCGAACGGCACCUGGUCUAAGAAGUCGUUUUAUAACUUCUGCCUCAACGCCGUGACCAACAACAGCGAGGUACAGGGCUCCACCGUCAACACCAUCAGCACAAUAUUUUACAUAGGGAACUCUGUUAGCCUCGUCGCUGUCACCUUGGCCCUUUGGAUUUUCAUCUCUUUCAAGGACUUGAGAUGUCUUCGUAACACCAUCCACACAAACCUUCUGUUUACAUAUCUGCUCCACAACCUCUUCUGGAUUGUCUACGCUUCUGUGCAGACACUGGUUAACGUGAGUGUGGGCUGUUCAUUCUUCGUGGCUCUCAACUACUUCACACUCACCAACUUCAUGUGGAUGUUCGUGGAAGGCUUCUACCUUUACAUGCUGGUGGUGAAGACGUUCUCUGUGGAGAACAUAAAGCUACGAGUCUACACACUGAUCGGCUGGGGUGUUCCAGUUCCUAUAAUCAUCAGUUGGGUUAUCCUUAAAUCACAACUUGCCACAACCCAUCCUGCGGGUAUGGAAGGACAUGAAUUAGAGGGACUGGUAAGGAACUGUCCCCUGAUGCCCGACAGUACUGUAGACUGGAUACAGAAAAUACCCGUCCUCUUUCUACUGUCCACCAACCUCAUAUUCCUCACACGUAUAAUGUGGGUAAGUACCUCUAUUAUAUCUCCCAAGUACUUUCUUUACGUUACGUUUUGUUCUACUUUCUCUAGGUAAUUAAUUUAAGUCCGCCUGCUACACCUCACCUCUUAAGUACUUUUUUAUGUUGUCGGAAUCUAAGGUUUAUUUAUUUAUUUAUUUAUUUUUUAUAAAUUUGUUAUU